GUCUCAGGUUCACUUGGUUCACUUGAUUCACUUGAUUCACUUCAUGAAACCCCGCAGCAUCAUACCAUGACCUUGAGUAUCUAAAUGAUAACCCCCGGAAGAGGGGUAAAAGCGCAUUAUUGGAGAACACGUGAUGUCCCAUGUUCCAUGUCGUAAUGGAAGUGUCGGUCGCCGAUAGCUUAUCGAACUUCACUCACCUCCACCUGACUUGUUGCUCCUGAUUUUCGGAAUCUGCCCUCUCAGAGACUGUCCUUACAUCGCCCAAAGUCAUCAACUGGGCACUAUCCGAGUCACCCAUAUGGCUAUCGGCGUCGUGGUGCUAGAAUAGCGGAAACCACCCUACUCCGCUUCAAGCGCCAUCUCCGAGUCACCCCCAGAGCCGUCAUGGAUCUUGUUCGGAAGGAGCAUGAACGGCUCACUAAGAGGCUGAAGGCUUCUCAGAAUACUAAAAAUGUGCAAGACACAAUAGAUCUAAUUCAAGCAGCGCGAGACACGAUCGCCUCUGAUCCAGGCCAAGCAUCCAUAGCCCUAGCAAAGCUCCAGAAUUCAGUCAAGUCAUCAUUCGACUCAAUCAAUGACAAUCUCAAGGAACACCACAGCGCUCUGAACAAGUACAGCAAAGCACUAGAUAAGCUCUUCAAAGAUAAACCACUCCCGAGUACCGAGCAUGAUGCUUUAUCAUCUCGAGAGCAUCUCAUCAACCGCGCAAUCGCGAUGCACCUGUUACGAGAGGGACAGUUCACUGUAGCCGCAACCUUCCUUUCCGAAAUAGCCGAAAAGAAAGCUUCGGGGCGAGAGAACGAUAUGGAUACGGAUGGCCCAGACGCCGCCAGAAGUCUUCUCGAUAUCGACGAUGUUCCUUCGGGCGAAGUGCGGAAACAAUUUGCUACGAUGUAUCACAUACUACAUGAGAUGAAGGAGAACAAUAACUUGCUUCCGGCUAUACAGUGGUCGAGGGACAACAAAGAAGCUCUGAAGGCACGAGGCAGUAACCUUGAAUUCGAAUUGUGCCGGUUACAGUUCGUCUGGCUCUUUCAUGGCGGACAGGGCCCUGCUGUCGCUGGUCCACAGGCUGCAUUGGAGUACGCCAGGCGCGAAUUCCAUGUUUUUCUCCCCAGGUACUUGGUGGAAAUUCAGCAGCUGAUGGGGGCAAUGGCGUUUUCUCCAAACCUCCAAGAGUCGCCUUAUCGGAAUAUUUUCGACAAUCCGUCGGCAUGGUCUGAUGUGGCGCAGUCUUUCACUCGGGAGUUCUGCUCACUGCUGGGUUUGUCUGCCGAUUCGCCACUAUACAUAGCCGCUACUGCUGGUGCGAUAGCGCUACCCACUCUGCUGAAAUUGCAGACGAUUAUGAAAGCAAAGAGGACAGAGUGGACCACGCAAAACGAACUUCCGGUCGAAAUUCCACUUCCACCCUCUUACCUCUUCCAUUCGAUAUUUGUCUGUCCGGUCUCCAAGGAACAGUCUACAGACGAGAAUCCCCCGAUGAUGAUGCCUUGCGGUCAUGUAAUUGCAGAAGAGUCGUUGAAACGACUUUGCAAAGGCACAAGAUUCAAGUGUCCUUAUUGUCCCAAUGAGAGUCAUCCGCGAGAGGCAAGGAAGGUCUUCCUAUGAAGAAAAGGGGACCAUGCAAAAUCCGCCUGGAAGAAAGAGUCGGCUUGGUGGAGAAUGUGGAUGGGUCUUAGGAAUCCGGAUUUCUUUGUUUCUCCUUUUGCUUGUCAACUAUGUCAGGAUGGUGGCGUUUUCGGUGUCGAGGUCAUGAGGGCAUGCGGGAAGUCUUAUAUGUGUACAUUCUCCAGAUAAUCCCACCUUGGUUAACUCUACUGCAAGCCCUUGCAUAUCAAUUCCCAGGGAGCCGAAGACAUUCCUUUAAAGAUAUACCCCACGUAUGGGAUGGUGUUAUCAAACCUCGACUUUGAGAUCGCAUAGCCACCGGAAAAGAUAAUGUAUUAUUUGUCUGUUUCGCCCA